AUGUACAGGUAUGCAUUUUUUAAUUCAGAGAGUCAAAGUUCUUCUAUCUGUUUUCUCUGCCUUUUCCAGGAAUGUAGCAAAAAAACAAAAACCGAUGACCCAGAGAAUGCCUCAGUCGAUGCCCCGCGUCCGGCCCAGGAGAACGGAGAGAAGGGAGAAUUCCAUAAGUUGGCCGAUGCCAAGAUAUUCCUGAGCGACUGCCUGGCGUGUGACAGCUGUGUGACCGCAGAGGAAGGAGUCCAAGUUUCACAGCAGAACGCCAAGGACUUCUUCCGUGUUCUGAACCUUAACAAGAAAUGUGAUGCCUCACAGCACAAGGUGCUGGCAGUGUCCGUGUGUCCUCAGUCUCUGCCUUAUUUUGCUGCUAAAUUCAGCCUCAGUGUCACUGAUGCAUCCAGAAGGCUCUGCGGCUUCCUCAAAAGCCUUGGGGUGCACUAUGUCUUUGACAUGACGAUAGCCGCGGACUUCAGCAUCCUGGAGAGUCAGAAGGAGUUUGUGCGUCGGUACCGCCAGCACCGCGAGGAGGAGCCCCGGCUCCCCAUGCUGACCUCCGCCUGCCCCGGCUGGGUCCGAUAUGCGGAGCGCGUGCUGGGUCACCCCAUCACACCCCACCUCUGCACGGCCAAGUCUCCCCAGCAGAUCAUGGGCUCUCUGGUGAAGGAUUACUUCGCCAGACGGCAGAACCUGUCCCCAGACAAGGUUUUCCACGUCAUUGUGGCCCCGUGCUAUGACAAGAAACUGGAGGCCCUCCGAGAAGAUGUUCCCACACCUUUGCAGAGUUCCCGGGGUGCUGACUGCGUGUUAACCUCAGGUGAAAUUGUCCAGCUAAUGGAGCAGAGUGACCUGUCCCCGGACGAUGCCCUCGUGGAUACUCUGUUUGGAGACGUGAAGGAGGAGGAGGUGAGGCGCCACGAGGGUGCCAGCUCCGACGGGUACCUGGCGCACAUCUUCAGGCACGCGGCCAAGGAGCUGUUCAACGAGGACGUGGGGGAGCUCACCUACCGCAGCCUGAGGAACAAAGACUUCCAGGAGGUUACCCUGGAAAGGGACGGAGAGGUGCUGCUGCGCUUUGCGGCCGCGUACGGCUUUCGGAACAUCCAGAACGUGGUCCUGAAGCUGAAGAGGGGCAAGUUCCCCUACCACUUCGUGGAGGUCCUGGCCUGUGCCGGGGGAUGCCUAAGCGGCAGGGGCCAGGCCCAGGCAGAGGACGGGCGUGCGGACAGGGCGCUGCUGCGGCAGAUGGAAGGCAUCUACGCCGCCAUCCCGGUGCGGCCCCCGGAGACCAGCGCCCAUGUGCAGGAGCUGUACCAGGAGUGGCUGGGUGGGGCCGACUCCCCCCGGGCCCAGGCGGCCCUGCAUACCGCCUACCAGGGCCCAGGGCAGUCUGCCAGCAGCCGGGACAUCAAGUGGUAAAGGUCCAGUAGGCGCCCGGCCUGCAGGCGCCUGAGGAGGGGUGUCAGACGCGUGAAGGAAAGGCUUAGUGUCUUUGUCAUCGCUUUGGUUUUCAGAAUUCCCUGCUCCAGUCAGGCAG